AUGUCGUAUGGUAACAAAGGUCCCAUAUCUCCAAGCGAAUGCUCGGACAUGAUUCGCCGCGCGGUGGAGAUCGGGAUGAUGGGUAACAAACUUUCCAGCGGGUUUCCUCGAGAGUGGCUCAACAGAGUAAGUUGAUUUUGGUUUUAAAACAUGCACAAGACUUUAAUCUAUUAUAAUAUUAUAGCUUUUUAACUUUUUAUAAUAUUUACUUUGAGAAAAAUCAAAUUAUAUUGACUUAGCAUAUCUAAUCUAACCUUGUUUUAGAUCUGUGCUCAUGUAGCGGUCUUGUUAAUGAAAGAGGGAAAUGUUGUGAACUUGAAAGUGUCGAGCAGGCCCCGAUAUGUGUAUACUGACUUGCACGGUGAUCUACGGCAGUUUUUGUUGUGGAUCAACGACAUUUUGGACGGAGAGGCUGAUCUACUGUUUUUGGGUAAGAAUUUUGAUUUUUCUUUGUAAUUUUAGGUAUAAAAUCAUGUUCAUUGGUUGGAAAAAGGUAGUUAAAAGAUAGCCUCAUGUUUUCUGAAGGUUUUUGUUUAAAAAUUUUGGGGUAGAACCUUUGAAAUUCAAGUUUAUUCCAUUUUUUAAGCCAUUGAUCAAGUGUAAUAUACCUUUUACUCAAUUUGACAUAAAUGCUUUCUGCUAUUUUGUGAAAUCUUAUAACUUUACUUCAGGAGACUACGUAGACCGUGGAGAAAACGCUAUUGAAAUCUUGGUGAUCUUGUUCUUGUUGAAAAUUGCCUUUCCCGACCAUAUUCACCUUCUUCGAGGAAAUCACGAAACACCGGAUCUUGGAAAUCAAUUUGGACAAGAUGUAAGUUUCUAUCUUUAUAUUAAGUAUGCUUUUAGUGUCAUAUUCAAUUUGGCAAGGACUUUGAUGGACUUUUCAACUGCGUUUUCGAUCGAAUGCCGUUGGUGGCUUUGUUGGAUGGUGAAGGUUGUUUUAAAGGAGGUAAGCAGAUGAGUUUUAGGCUUAUUCUUGGAAGAUUUAGGUUUUGUUAGAAAGCUAAUAGACUGGGAAAUAUUUUUGUGCACGAGUUUGGGUGUUUUAGAUUUGGUUUUUGGUUAGAAAUUAAAAUUAUAUUAUUAUAGGUCAUAAAAGUAUGUGUUUAAGACAAAACUUAAUGGAAAUAGACUUUAUCUAGAAAAUUGGUUACUUUGUUCAGUAUUGUGAAAAAGCCGAUUUUCUUGUGAACAUUUUGCCAUAUAACAUGUUAUAUAAAGAUUGUCAUUUUGUGUCAAAAAUUUAAAUCAUCUUACACAAUGUAUAACGAAAAAUAUUGUUUUAGAGAAGAUCUACUGUGCUCAUGCCGGAAUCUCGCCGUGGUUUGAAGUUUGUCCAGAAAAACUUCAAACCUUGUCGAAGUAUCCUGAUAAGAACAGUUUAAUUGAGCAGUUGAUGGUAUCGGAUAUAAUUUGGUCGGAUCCAAAUCUGAAUGAUCCUGGAGAGAAGGAUGGAGGGUAAGGGAAUUUUUUAUGGCUUCGGGGUUUUAGAAGCUCAUUUGUUUUAAAACUGGGGUUUUUGUGGUAAAAGUAGAAGAAGUUUUAGAUUUUGAAAUUUUGAAUUUUUUAAAAAUACCGUAUUUUUAGCUUCGAUGUCAACUAUGGCGUCUCUGCUCGAGGAGUUGGCCUCGCAUUCAAAGCUGAAGGCGCAAAACGCGCCCUAGCCGCCCUCGGCUGCAAUCGAAUGAUCCGCGGCCACACCCAGCCACCAGGCCAAGGCUACAGAGACUGUUUCCAGGAAAGGCACCUCUGCCUCAACAUCCACUCCUCGUCGUUGGGCCGAAAAGGCCUCUUCAACAAACCUGCCACCUCCUCAAUGGCCAGAGUCGCGGUUUCGACGGAGAACGGCCGGACUAGCCUUAAAAUCACGAUAAAAACUUCAAUUCAUCAGCCAGAGGAACAUGAACAAGCUACUGCCAUUUUGUGGAAUGGGUUGAUGGUAUUUUAUGAAAAUUUGAAGGAAAAGAUACCUGAAUUGCCCGGGAAGAUUGAUCCAAUCGCUUUCUAUUUGGUACCAAUGGAAACUGCCAGACGCAAUUAUAUUGACAUGGACAGGACCAUUUCACAUCGACAGUUGGUCCGAAUGUUUGAGGUGGGUUUGGUUUGGGGAGGGGCGAUUUUUCAAAGGUAGGAUGAUUUUUUCGUCUGGGAGGGGUGAUUUUUAGGCACGUUUUACGUUUUAAAAGCAAAAAUGUUAAAGGUUUAGGUAACAAAAUGGAACUUUUGUCAAUUUUAGGUAAUAACAUAGGAUUUGUGGCUUGUUUUAGGUAAUAAAAUUGAAGUUUUGGCAAUUUAGGUAACAAAAGUGAACUUAUGAAUUAAAUUGAACUUUGUCAAUAUUAGUCAAUAAACAGGGCUUCUACCUUGUUUUAGAUAAUAGUGACAUUUCUAAUUGUAGGAUGCUCCAAAAUCGAAGAGAAUUUCGUUAUCAAAAGAGAACCAAGCCAUGAGGGCGGUUUGGAUCAUGAGAGGCCUUCUCAAUAUCUACCAGAACCUGCCCAAAAUCGACCUCAGCUUCGUCAACGGAUCGCCGGAAGACUUUGAUUACUACGUCAGACUCUUGAGACUACUCCAAGUUGACUACAACAUUUCGGUGGAUAACGUGAUGGUUAUUAGGUAGGAUUUGGCGGGUUUAGAGGUAAAGUGGGAAAAUGUUUUAGGUAACAAAAUAGAGUUUCAGGUAAUAAAAUUUGAAGUUUUAUGGUUUUAAAUAGGGCUUUUGUUUUAUUUUAGGUAACAAAAUCGAAUUUUUAAUCCAUUUUGUUUUAUAAAAUGUCAUUUUUUGGUAGAUUUUGAAGAAGAAAGCUUAUUUUUUGUAAAUUUUAGGUAACAAAAUUGAAUUUUUUUAAUAUGAUUUUGGCUAUAAAAUGGUUUUUUUAACUAAUUUCAGAUAUUAAAGUUACUUUUUUUGUUAUUUAUAUGGGGUAAAAUAGCAUUUUUCUUUGAUUUUAUGUAAUAAAAUUGAAAUUUUAGUCGAUUUAAGAGACGUAAAUAGCAUUUUUGGUCGAUUUUGGGUAGUAAAAUACAUUUUUAGCCGAUUGUAGAGAAGAAAAUUUAUUUUUUUGUAAAUUUUAGGUGAUAUUUUUAACAAUUUUUGUUUGCAGAGACCUGACCGUGAAGAACAACGCCCUCCGUGAAAGCCCAGAAGCCCUGAGGAAGUUUUUGGAAGAAACUAGUCUAAAGAAGAAGUCUAGUCGUCGCAAACGCAGCUGGUCUACUAUCUCGUCUUGA